GCGGGGGGAGAUGAGAUGGAAAAUUGGCAGCCACAUAAUAUUUGUUAUGAUGUAGGCAUAAAAUAUACAUACAUCGAUGGAUGAGAGUUGAGAGGAGAAUGGAGGAAAGCGCAGCAACACCGCUAAUCUUCAAUGGCUUUCGCUGCCAGCGCAGCCGCCAAUAACAUCCAUCCUGCUUUUUCUCUCCCAAUCACACCAGAAUUGAAGCAGAUGAGCUGCUGAUGCAGCUUGCUAUUAUUAUUAUUAUCUAGUAAAUAUGAAUACUACUGGUAAUAUUAAUAUUAAUAUUAGUAUUCCCCCUUCUUCUCCAAGGCUACCCAACUCCUUGAUUCCGCAUAAUACUAGUCAUGCUCCUCCGCAAUAUUUCAAAAAGAAGAGCAGUAAUGGCAGUUUUCAAUUGCUGAGCACCACCUCCAAAUUGUCUGCCAUUCAAUGUAGCCAAAGCAGCAGCAGCGGUGGCCUUUUGGCUACGCCACCCACAUCCCUCACAAACGGUUGGGCAGAGUUUGCAAAUAAGGUGAGUGGUGAGUGGGAUGGAUUCGGAGCAGAUUUCACGGAGCAAGGGAAGCCAAUGGAGUUGCCCGAAUGUGUUGUCCCUGAAGCCUACAGGGAGUGGGAAGUGAAGGUGUUUGAUUGGCAGACUCAGUGCCCCACGCUCGCUCAUCACUCCAAUUUCUCUUUCGACUACAAGUUGAUUCGCCUGCUUCCUACUGUGGGCUGCGAAGCCGACGCAGCCACAAGGUACAGCGUCGACCACAGGACCAUCACUACUCCUUCUUCUUGUACCGCUUUUGCAUAUCAUCCUACCACCGGAUGCUAUGUUGCUGCCUGGGCUGCUUCUACAUUGGAGCUGGAAUUGGAGCAUUGCUUGAUUGACCCUCGAGAUAAGGAGUCUAGAGUUCGAAUCAUUCAAGUCCUCCGCUGCUUAUUACGCUUACGCGGUGAUGAUGAUGAUUCUAACCCAACCCCAACCCCAACCCCAACCCCGGUGCUGGAAUUGCAGACUGUUAAGGUAUUCCGCGAGCAGUGGUACGGCCCAUUCCGUGACGGGGACCAGCUGGGUGGCUGCGCCAUUAGAGACUCCGCAUUUGCAUCUACUCCGCCUUUGGACGCUUCCCAGAUCAUUGGUGUUUGGGAAGGCCCCAUAGCCACUGCCACCUUCCUUAACUCUCCUUCUCCUCCUCCGAAGAAUGUUAUCCCCCAACAACUCAACCACUGCUCAACAAUGGUUACAGUUCGAGACGAAGCACCCAAUCUGGUAUUGCUCCCAAACCAACUUUGGUGCUGCUUAAAGGACACCGAGAUUAGCGGGGAAACUUGCUGUGAAGCCGGAUGGCUGUUGGAUAAAGGAAGCCUCAUCACCUCCAACUGCAUCUUCUCCAAAACAGGGGACUUGAAGCAAGUUGCAAUAGCGUAUCAACAUGCAACUCAACCACAGUAACAUGCCAAACAAGUUGCACAGAGAUCUCAUGCUGUGGCCCUAGCUUGGAUGCACAUACAACCUUGCUUGCUUGCUUAUUCAUUUCUUUCAGCUUUCCUUUCUUGCAUACCAUAAACUUUAGAAUGGAAUGUAACAUCAAAAUCACUGGUUGAUUGGAUUGUAUGUAUAUAUGAAUAUGAAUAUGAAUGCGUGGGUGUAUGACUGAAAUACUUAUUUAGUAUGAUGAACAAA